AUGGAGUUCUUCACUAGGAUGCUCAUUCGAGCCACUCAAAAUAGGGACUUUAAAUUUCACCCUCGUUGUAGGAGAUUGAAUCUGGUGAGCCUUUGUUUUGCGGACGACCUCGUGAUAUUUUGCAAAGGAAACAGUACUUCAGUUCAGAUUAUAAAGCAGUGUUUUAAAGAUUUCAAUGAGGUUUCUGGUUUGACAGCUAGCUUGGACAAGUCUAGAGUUUAUUUUGGGGGUUUAAUAGAGUUAGAGACCAAGGAUAUACUUAGGGAUCUGCACUUUGCUGAAGGUGAUUUCCCCUUAAAGUAUCUAGGUGUUCCGCUGAGGCCUACAAAGUGGAGGGCUGGGGAUUGCGCUACUAUUAUUCAAAAAAUUCAGUUGAAGCUCUUCCAUUGGUCUAAUCGGCAUCUCUCAUAUGCUGGAAAAGCUCAGCUCAUUCACUUUGUUCUAUUGGGAAUUAGAUCAUUUUGGAUGAGUAUUUUUCUCCUCCCUAAGAGUGUAAUUAAUGAGAUUGAUAGCUUGUGUAGGAGAUUUCUGUGGGGGACCAGCAGAGGGAAUGAUAACAGAAGUAAGCUUCACCUCACAGCUUGGAACCAAGUGUGCCUUCCUAAAUGUUUGGGGGGUAUUGGGUUUAAGGAAGGGGCCAAAUGGAAUAUGGUUCUUCUUGCUAAGUAUAUUUGGGUUGUGUCUACUAAACAGGAUAUACUUUGGGUUAAAUGGAUUGAUGCUGUUUAUCUUAAAGGGAAAUCUUUUUGGGAGUACAAUCUUCAAUCUGAUGUGAGCUGGUAUUGGCGUAAGCUAAUCAAGAUGAGGGAAUUCAUAAGCAGGGAGAUGUUAGAUAAAGCUGUAGUGAACAGCAAACUAAAAACCAGCAAGCUGUAUUUUCAGAUGAUAAAUAAGGAAAAGGUUCCUUCGGCUUCUGUUAUUUGGUGUAACUUGUCCUUGCCCAAACACAGGUUUAUUCUUUGGCAAGCUUCCUUGAAACAUCUAUUAACCAGGGACAACUUAUUAAAAUUCCAUUUGCAGCUGACUUCUUAUCUAUGUCCAAUUUGUGAAGUGCAGCAGGAGUGUCAUGAGCAUUUAUUUUUUCAAUGUCAGUUUGCUCAUCAAGUGAGAAAAGGUGUGGCUCGCUGGCUGUGA